AUGGACGAGAUCGACCCAAAAGUAAGCCUCGACGAUCCGUCAAAUGGCCCAAGUCGGGACUAUCUUCUCACCACGGCCGCCGAUGAAGAUUUCGAUUAUCCACAGGAAUUCUACGAUCACGUGAUCAAAUGCUGGGCGGAUCGGGGCGUACGAGCGACUUUCGAGCGAAGUUCCGAGUAUCAGCUGAUUGAUUGCGCGAAAUAUUUCCUCGAUCGGGUCGAGCAAGUGCGAAAGCCCGAGUACAGUCCCUCCGAACAGGAUAUUCUUCGAUGUCGUGUGAUGACGACCGGAAUCUUUGAGACGAAAUUCGAGGUCGACAAAGUUCGAUUUCAUAUGUUCGAUGUGGGCGGUCAACGAGACGAACGAAGAAAAUGGAUUCAAUGUUUCAACGAUGUGACGGCGAUCAUUUUCGUUUGCUGUUCCGCUUCGUACAAUAUGAUGCUUUGGGAGGAUUCGACCCAAAAUCGAUUGCGUGAAUCACUGGCGCUUUUCAAGAACAUCUGGAAUAAUCGAUGGCUGAAGACGAUAUCCGUCAUUCUUUUCCUAAAUAAACAAGAUUUAUUAGCGGAAAAGAUCAAAGCCGGCCGCUACAAAUUGGAGGAUUAUUUCCCGGAAUUCGCUAAUUAUCAACUCCCAUCGGAUGCCGUUUACGAUCCAUCGGAUGACCCGAAAGUCGUGCGAGCCAAAUACUUCAUCAGAGGCGAAUUCUUGAGGAUUUCAACGGCAGCUGGCGACGGUCGACAUCACUGUUAUCCCCAUUUCACAUGCGCUGUUGACACUGAAAAUAUCAGGAGAGUGUUCAAUGAUUGUCGAGAUAUCAUUCAAAGGAUUCAUUUAAGACAAUAUGAAUUAUUG